CAGGGGGCGGGGCGGCCCGGCCCGCGGGGCGCCGCAGACAGAGAAGAGCCGCCCGAGCCGCUGCCGCCCCCCGCGCCCAGCAUGGUAAUGGCCGAGCCCCGGCGGCCCUCCCCGCUGCUGCCCCGCGGGCCCGGGCCCGUCCGUGUCGGCUUCUACGACAUUGAGGGCACGCUGGGCAAGGGUAACUUCGCCGUGGUCAAGCUGGCGCGACACCGCAUCACGCGCAGUGAGGUGGCAAUAAAAAUCAUUGACAAAUCUCAGCUAGAUGCUGUGAAUCUCGAAAAGAUCUACCGUGAGGUGCAGAUAAUGAAGAUGUUGGAUCACCCACACAUCAUAAAGCUCUACCAGGUGAUGGAGACCAAAAGCAUGCUGUACCUCGUGACAGAAUUUGCCAAAAAUGGAGAAAUUUUUGAUUACCUCGCCAGCCACGGCCGACUCAGUGAGUCUGAGGCCAGGCGAAAGUUCUGGCAGAUCCUCUCAGCAGUGGAGUAUUGCCACAACCGGAAGGUUGUGCACCGAGACCUGAAGGCUGAAAAUCUUCUGCUUGACAACAACAUGAACAUCAAAAUAGCAGAUUUUGGAUUUGGAAAUUUCUACAGGAGUGGUGAGCCCCUGACAACGUGGUGUGGAAGCCCACCAUAUGCAGCCCCAGAGGUCUUUGAAGGACAGCAAUAUGAAGGACCCCAGCUGGAUAUCUGGAGCAUGGGUGUAGUUCUUUAUGUUUUGGUCUGUGGAGCAUUACCUUUUGAUGGGCCAACGCUCCCCAUACUGAGGCAACGAGUUCUGGAAGGAAGGUUCAGGAUACCUUACUUUAUGUCAGAAGAUUGUGAGCAUCUGAUUAGAAGAAUGCUGGUCCUAGACCCAUCCAAACGGUUAACGAUUGCUCAGAUUAAGGAACACAAGUGGAUGCUUAUAGAAGUUCCUACGCAGAGAUCUGUUCUUUAUGCCCCAGGACAGGAGAACCAGCCUUCCAUUGGAGAGUAUAAUGAACAGGUUCUCCGGCUAAUGCACAGCCUUGGAAUAGACCAACAAAAGACUAUUGAGUCACUGCAGAACAAGAGUUAUAACCACUUUGCUGCUAUCUAUUACUUGUUAGUGGAAAGACUCAAAUCGCAUCGAAGCAGCUUCCCUGUAGAGCAGAGAUUUGAUGCUCGCCAGCGCCGCCCAAGCACCAUUGCUGAGCAGACAGUAGCCAAGGCACAAGCUGUGGUGCCAUCAGUGAACUUGUGCUCAGAAAACACGAGGCUGCUGCGGUCCCCAGGACUUCCCCCCACCUCAGGAGCAGAGGUCUUUUCAUUCCCUCCGUCCAACUGCCAAACAGAGACGGCGUUCAUGGAAGAAGAAAGAAUCAACACACCAAAGGUAAAUGGCUGCCUGCUAGAUCCUGUGCCUCCCAUGGUGAUUCGGAAGGGAUGCCAGUCACUGCCAACUAGCAUGAUGGAAACCUCAAUCGACGAAGGAAUAGAGACAGAAGGCGAGGCAGAGGAUGACCCUGCGCAGGCAUUUGCAGCCCUGCAGGCAGCUCGCAGUGGGAAGCGGCGUCACACUUUGGCCGAGGUCACCGACCAACUAGUAGUGGUACCAGGCACAGGGAAGGUCUACUCUCUGGAUGAGAACUCCUCUCUGGGCAGCAGCAUAGAGUCAGAGUACAACAUGGGGUCAAUGCAGAGGAACGUGGGCCUGCUGGGCGAUGCCCCUCCACUGAAGGAUGUGGUGCAGCUGGCAGCACCCUUCCUGGGGCUGCAGCCUACCAACCCUGCCAUGCAGGCUCUUGCGUCCCAGAAGCGCGAGACCCACAACCGCUCCCCUGUCAGCUUCCGGGAGGGGCGCAGAGCAUCAGACACUUCCCUCACACAAGGUAUUGUAGCAUUCAGACAGCACCUCCAGAAUCUGGCACGAACCAAAGGAAUCCUGGAGCUGAACAAAGUCCAGCUACUGUAUGAGCAAAUAAGAUCAGAAGAAGAACCCCUUCUGCCAUCAGCUGCCCCCCAGCUUCAGGACCUCGCUACCAGCUCUGCACAGGAAGACAGACCUCAGCAGCAGGAAGCUGCAGCCACUUUCCCCAGUGGUGCACGUACCCCAGUGUUAUCCCGACGGCAAAGCCUAGAGACACAGUACUUGCAGCACAGGCUCCAGAAACCCACCCUGCUAUCAAAAGUUCCAAACACUUGCCAGCUGUACUGCAAAGAAUUGCCCCGGAGUCUGGAACAGCAGUUACAGGAGCACAGGCUGCAUCAGAAGAGACUCUUUCUCCAAAAGCAGUCCCAGCUGCAGGCCUAUUUUAACCAGAUGCAAAUAGCUGAGAGUUCGUACCCAAGGUCAAGUCAAAUGCCGCUUUCAUGCCAGGAGGAGCAGCAGCCAUCAGCACAGCAGCAAUCAACCCAGUUCAGCCUCCAGCAGACUCUCAGCCCUGUUAUGGAGCCUUCCUCAGAACAAAUGCAUUAUGACCUCUUCCUCAGUCACUACCAGAAAGUACAGCUGGAGCCACCACCACCCUCCCCGCUCACCAGCUCAUCACAGUUGUCAUCGCCAGUUCAGGUGCAGCAGCCACCACAGUCCUUACAGUACUCCUAUCAGACUUGUGAAUUGCCUGUUGUCACCUCUUCUGAGCCAGACUACCCUGACCAGUGCCAGUAUUCCAUGGACCCAGCACAGCAGAGCAGUGUAGCAUUGCCUGACAGCCAGGGCAGCUUGGCAGCCCAGGAGCCACAGUCAAACUACGAUGCAUUGACCCUCUCUGAGCUGCCCGGACUAUUUGAUUGUGAGAUGAUGGAAACUGUAGAUCCCCAGCACAGUGGCUACGUCCUGGUGAAUUAAUACCAUGGGUGUCUAACAUGGGAGUGGAAGCCAGGGUGGACAGAGAAGCAUGUACAUUUUUGGUGUUGUUCCAACUCUAAAGUUUCUGACCUUCAAUCAACAAGGGAACUAAAAAUCCACCUGACCAGAAAAAAGCAGGAGAUGGCUAGAAGCAUGUGGCCUCCAGCUCCUCCUCUCAGUGGCUGGGGCUAGACAACAAACAGUUCAGCUUAGUCCCAGAAAGAACCAGUUUGUGUAGAAGGAGAGAAAAACAGUUUUAAAAGGAAGUGGCCCCUUCCAAAAACUUUGAUAGUCUGGCAGUAUUCACCUAGCAUUUGCUAGGAGAAAGGAGAAUGAAUGCAUAUUGCAUUCUACUUCUUGGCAAUAAAAGCAAUAGUUUUCAUUGAAAUUCAGACUUAAUUUGGGUCUGAGCUGAUAGCAAGUAGCAUACUGAGCUGAAGCAGCAGUGAGGAGGAUCCAAAGGAAAGUUGCACUUUGGCAUCCAGUUUCUGGUUAAGCUACUGAUCUGGGACUGCUCCAUGGUAAGUCUAAGGUGCACCAGGCACCUCAGGCAGCCUCUGCUUCCUCCUGCUAGCAAAUAAACAGCUAUUUCCCAAGCCUGCCAAGGAAUUCUUAAUUGGUCACUAACAGAAGCUUCUGGAUAUUUGUUAAGUAAUGUACUGACUUGAUAAAAGGACACUUGAAACUGACCCAGGGCAUCACAGUGAUUUCUAGAGAGCUUUGGGUGGGACUGAGAAUACUAAAAGAUCAAGAAUUAGGUAGCAGAUGGAUGGGCUAAGAAGGAUGGUGAGAAGGAUCAAGAGCUGCAGCCAGUGGCAUCCAGGGAUCCACCUGGGUGGUGUUAGAAAUCACCCCUGCGUUGUGGACAGUUCUGUCUUGGAGAAGUUCUGUUCACUGGAGAGGAUCUAUCUGACCUUCUAUGGCAUUUAGAAACAAGCAAACUAUGUUUUGAAUUUACAGUAUGUGUUGCUGGUGGUUUAUUGAGCUUUGUAUAUAUGGACAAUUACUUACAGUUUUAGAACUUAAUGAGCUUAAAAAAAAAAAAAAAAAUCCUGUGAAGUGAUAGUGCUGUGCCUUUUUUCAGUUCUUUAUCAGACUAUAUGCUUUUUUUUCUGAAGAAAUAGACAAUACCCCAUCUACAUCCUUGCUAUUGCCAAAGUCCCUUCAGAGCACAUGUUCCACUAUGUGGAAUGUAAGUUGAACUUUGUUAGUGUUUUGAUUGUUUCAGUAUAUACAACACUGAAAGUAUAACAGCAAUAUUUAGCAUCAAGAACUGUUAUGUACUACUUCAACAAAUACAAAAUUCAACAAGCAGUUGUGUCCCCAGAACUUCCAGUCAGGAGAUGCUAGUUGUAGGAGGAUUGUUUAGAAAUCUCCACUAAGUUUAAAUCACUAAUUUUGGGCUCAUCUCAGGUCUUCAAAUGUUGUGGGAUAUUGUCUAUCUUUCUCCUGUAGAUGAAGCUUGUAGCCAUACAGUUUCAGCCCUUUUCUCAGCAAACUUUAAGCACAGUUGCAGAUUCAUUAAAGCACAAAGAAUGUUUGAGAAACUGUGCUGAUGGCACAUGUAGAGACCACUGUUUACUGGAAAAUUUCUCUACAACAUAAGUUUAAAUUUAAAGACUUUGACACUACAACUAAGGAGAGCAUCUUCAGGACAUGUAGUCACUUAAAAUGGAUAGACAAAUGUUUUUAGUGAUUUUACAUACUGUAGCAAAGCACAGGCUCAGACAGGUAAUAGGAGGAAGAAAAGAAAAAAAGUACUCGUGAUUGGUUGGGUCUUCAGUGUUUUCAGACUAUAGAUCCUACUGAACUCCAACAAGGAGUUCUCAAAACUGCUCUCUUUCACCAGAAAGGUGAAUUAUCAGCCAGCAUUUACAGCAAUAAGACCACACUUAAUUGUGGAAUAGACUUCAGUCACUGCACUGUAGGCUUUGUGAAGGAGGGAAGAGUUUAACAAGUUUGACACAAAGUACCUUGUUUUCUGUGUAUGACAAUUAGAGAUGUCAUUCACUGUUGAUACAGAGCCUGCUUUGAUACUGCUCCAAUUCAGUCUCAAGUGCUCAGCUUCUACCUCUGAUAUCAGAACAAUUCUCAAGGCAGAAGCAAAAGAAAGUUUAAGGAACAAGCACAUCUCCACACUACUUACUUUUUUGAUACAAGAGAGCUGGAAAGCUGUUGUUUAAAUAGCUGAGAUAGACACAUUUCUUUUUGAAGGGAAUUCACACAAUUAAAGCUUCUUCUGACAGUGCAAAUAGGUGCAGAACAUAGUAGCUGCAGAACACAGAAAGCUCUGUGCCCCCCUGCAGUGACUGACAAAAGGACAGGAAACAGAUGAAAACCAUCACAUCAUAACACACCAGGCAUUUCAUUAUGGCAGAAGAGAAAAGGAGGCAAAGAAGCCCUUUCCUUUCAUUCCUUUUCUAUUCUGCAGUUCUAAGAUCAGACAAGUGCUCAAGGAACUAGGCAGCCAAAACUGUCACUGGGACACACAGCUGUGGCAACAGGCCCAGUUUUGCACCAGGAACUGGGUUACUGCCAAGCCUAUAACCACUUUCCUCCCUGUCCGGUUCCAUUAUACCAUACAUUUUGGAACUCAGUGAUAACUCAAGAGCAGAAUUAUUCUUAUGUGAUUCAUUUAUCAGAAUGUGCCAAUGAGUCUAAGCUCAUCUGAGCUUUGCAGUACUGCUAAAGGGAAAGCUAUGGAGUUUUUGAAUAUAGUUUAGACUGUUAUCCUCAAUCACCAUCCUAUUUAACAUUUCAUGCAGUUUCCUUUAGUCAGUUAGAAUAAAAGGCUUCUAAUGCCUUUUAAUACAGCAGAAUAUCCACUGGACACCACUUUGUAGUCAUGCUACUUCCAAGUGGUUCCUUUGUUCAAAUCUGUUACGUCUAACAUUAGAAGACAGUGUACACUACUGUUAAGAGUAAUUAUUAGCUUUAUUAUCUUGUACUACAGGCUCCUUUGAAGAGACUUUGGUGUGAUGUAUAUGGGGUAAAAAUUUCAUAUGGAGAAAAGUGCAAUAUAUGUGUGCGUGUGGUACGUUCUUUAAUGUAUUUUUUUAAGGAGUUAGAGGGUUUAGUCUCCGCUUUGGGAUAAAUGCACUAGUAUUGUGAGCUCCAGUUUGGUAAGUUCAUCUGUAGUAUUUACAUGCAACUGAUAUGCUGGACUCUGUGAAGCAAUUACAGUGUAUUGAUACAAAAUAAAGAAUACAUACAUUUCAUUUUCAAAUACGCAGUGAGCUACCAUGGCUUCUGCUGCUCAGCAUUCUU